AUGCCCGAAGGCCCGUCCGUGCGCGUGUUCCACCAGCGAGUGUCGCCCUUCGUGGGGCAGCGCGUGGCCAGCGCCGGGGGCAGUACCAGGAAGCUGGAGCCGGCCGCCUUGCAGGGCCUGCGGCUGAUGGACACCCGGGUCCACGGGAAGAUCCUGUUCCUUAGGUUUGAUCCGGAUGAAGAAACUAGAGGCCAGAGUGCACCUGAGCCCUCUGGGCCAGAGGUGCAGCGGGAGGGUCCUGGUGGCCAGGAAGACUCUGCCCGGUGUGGCGGGAAUGCAGCCGGUACGUGGCUGCAGGUGCGCUUCGGCCUGUUUGGCAGCAUCCGCAGGAACGAGUUCUCCAGGGCCACCCAGGCCAACAAGCGGGGCGACUGGAGGGACCCCGCUCCCAGGCUGCUCCUGCGCUUCGUAGGUGGCAGCUUCCUGACCUUCUACGCCUGUCAACUGACCUGGGGCCCGGGGCCCAUGGGCACAGCUGCCUCUGACAUUCUAUCACAGAUGUUCCAACGAGGACAAGCCCUGGAGGCACUGGGCCAGGCGAGACCCGUCUGCUACACGCUGAUGGAUCAGAGGCACUUCUCGGGCCUAGGGAAUGUCAUCAAGAACGAAGCCUUGUAUGAGGCCCGGGUACACCCACUCUCACUGGGCUCCGUGCUUAGCCGGGCCCAGCUGGAGACACUGCUGGAUCAGGCCCUGGCAUUCAGCGCAGAUUGGCUCCGUGGCAAGACCCAGGGCCGCCGGCAGCACACGCACAUCUACCAGAAAGCGCACUGCCCUGAUGGCCACCCGGUCCAGAGGGAGGCCCUGGGCCCACCAGGGGGCUUGCAGAGGCUCACCUGGUGGUGCCCACAGUGCCAACCCCAAGUGCCUCUGGAGGAGCAGGGCCAGCGGGAGGCCUCCUAG